UGCAUCACAUGCUGCGGCUUCAUGUCACACAUGCGUACCGACAAAGUGAAUGGCACACGGGCGCAUAAGUGACACCAGAGGAAACCAGAGGAAGGAGAAGACAACCAGAGCUGAUUCGAGACAGCUGGAGAAAGUCCACGAAGGGGGGAAGAAGAAGAAGAAGAAGAAGGAGAAGAAGGAGAGAAGAUGAAGAUGAAAGGCACGGGAGGCUGUAGUAUCCCAACACCGGCGCCUCCGAGAUCCAGGCUUUAAGGACGCACUGGGAGUCACGGCACGUUGAAAUUUGGGUCCGUCGUGAAAGUUCAGCGACUGUAUACAAUGGUUAUAAAUGGGUCUCACCUGAACAGCUCCUCGCCGGACCCCACUGACACCGUCCUGAACCGCCCGCCGUGGGUUACCACAACUUUGGGGUGCUUCCUCAUCUUCACUAUAGUUGUUGACAUCCUGGGCAACCUUUUGGUCAUCUUCUCCGUGUAUCGGAACAAGAAGCUGAGGAACGCAGGGAACAUCUUUGUGGUAAGCCUGGCUGUGGCAGACCUUGUUGUGGCCAUCUACCCGUACCCUCUGGUCCUCACGUCCAUCUUCCACAAUGGCUGGAACCUGGGUUAUGCUCACUGCCAGAUCAGCGGCUUCCUCAUGGGUGUCAGCGUCAUCGGCUCCAUCUUCAACAUCACCGGCAUAGCCAUCAACAGAUACUGUUAUAUCUGUCACAGCCUCAAGUAUGAUAAACUAUACAGUGACAAAAACUCUGUCUGCUAUGUGAUGCUUAUCUGGGCACUGACUGUGGUGGCCAUCGUGCCUAACCUGUUUGUGGGUUCACUUCAGUAUGACCCACGAGUCUAUUCCUGCACAUUUGAACAGUCAGCCAGCUCAGCGUACACUAUCGCAGUGGUUUUCUUUCACUUUAUUCUACCAAUUAUGAUUGUCACCUACUGCUACCUGCGCAUUUGGAUACUGGUCAUACAGGUGAGGAGACGAGUGAAGCCAGACAAUCGUCCCAAGCUAACGCCACAUGACGUUAGAAACUUUGUCACCAUGUUUGUGGUGUUUGUGCUCUUUGCUGUUUGCUGGGCACCGCUCAACUUCAUUGGUCUGGCUGUAGCGAUCAAACCAGAGGUGGUGGUUCCCCUCAUCCCAGAGUGGUUAUUUGUGGCCAGCUACUUCAUGGCCUACUUCAACAGCUGCCUUAAUGCCAUUGUGUAUGGUGUGCUGAACCAGAACUUCCGGCGUGAAUACAAGCGCAUUGUAGUGUCAGUGUGCACGGCACGCAUCUUCUUCCAGGACAGCUCCAACGAUGCAGGGGAGAGGCUCAAGAGUAAACCGUCACCACUCAUGACCAACAAUAACCAGGUUAAGGUGGACUCUGUCUGAACCAGAACUCAGAGGAAUAGAGAAUGGACAUGAACGGAUAUGCUGUGACCGAGAGUUAAAAAACAAGAAAAAGGAAAAAAGAGCUGAGUCAGAAAAAUACCAAAUAUAAAUAUUAAAACAGCUUCUAUUCUCAGACCUGUCCACAGACUGUCAUAUGGUGCUAUCUUACCUCUGAACAAUCACAGUAAAACCAGGGGUGCAUAUUAUCUUUGUCUUUUAUCAUGCACUUUUGUUUGACUCUGCAGUACUUGUAGUACAGUAAAUAUAUGAUGUCUGUUUUGUUUUCAUGUUUACAGUGAUUAUAUAAAUGUAUCAUGCAUUAUAUAGGUAAAGUAUUUAUUUUGUAUGAAAUGUCAUGUAGUUAUAUAGUAAGAAAUAUCAGGUUCCAGUUAAAUGAAGACAAAAUUUUAUCAGGCCAAUAAAAAAUUUCUACAAAACUCGGGUUUAAAGUAUAACCAGAAGUUUAUAAAUGAAGUCUAAAUUAAUUUUAAUAGCCUCAUUUGUGACACUGUAACACUAAUUGAGUGCAAGCAACGUGGGAUGCUGCUGUCUUAUUAUAUCCUGCAAUACAUUAAGUGGAAUAUAUAUUUUAGUCUCUCUCUCUCUCUCUCUCUCUUUCUCUCUCUCUCGCUGUCUCUCUCUCGCUGUCUCACAUUGUGAGCUCAUUAUACUGUA